AUGGCGCCUGGAGGUAAACCGGAUCCCAUCCAGUUCUCUGUGAAAGACGAGAUGAAGGAGAACGAAACGGCCUCUGCUUCCUGCUCCGUGUCUCACUCCUGCCCCGACUCUCCUCCUGUUUUCAAAUGGAGCCACUCAGGAGAAGAGCACCAUCUGUCCCAUCAGCUCAGUGGCGGCCGGUGGAACGCGACGUCCGUCCUGACCUUUCACCCGACGCGCGCCGACCACAACAAGCCGUUACAGUGCAGCGUCACACACAAGGGAGGUCAGAAACAGAAACAAUCCAAGAUCCUUCAAGUGAAAUAUGCCCCGAUGAAUGUAAAUGUUGAGUACGUGUCAGACGUUAGAGAAGGCCAGACUGUGGGGCUGACUUGCUCCAGUGAUGCUCACCCUCCUGCCAGCAGCUACGAAUGGCGUAAUGAAACCGGGGCAUGGCUCUAUCAGGGAAACCUCUACGUCAUGCCCAACGUCAGAAGACAUUUAGGAGCGCUGUACUGCACUGCCAUCAACGAAGUGGGCAGAGUCACAUCAAUCCCUGUGCGCUUAAACGUGUUGUAUGCUCCUGAGAUUAACAAAGAGUCUUUGUGCUUCUCAGAGGCCGACUGGGUGAAGUGUGAGUGCGUCGUGGACUCCAAUCCUCCCGGCAGAGUUACUUUUAAGCUUGGUGACAAAAUUCUGCAGGGCACCACAAAAAAGGAGAAUGGUUCUUAUUUUAUCAAGGCCCAGCAGGAAGUCUUUGAAUCCUUUGAGUUUGUGCAAUGCUGGGCAAACAACACGCAGGGCAAUAAGAUGACCGUAAAUGACUCAUCUGGACUGGAAGUGGCCAAAAGACACAUAGAGACAUUCUCCCUGGUCAUCUACUGUCUGAUAACUGUAGCUGGGACUCUUGGCAAUGGGCUGGUCAUCUACGUGACAGGCUUCAAGAUGAAGAGAACAGUCAACUCAGUGUGGUUUCUCAACUUGGCCAUUGCAGACUUCCUCUUCACGACCUUCCUGAUUUUCACUACAGUCUCUCUUCAUUGGGACGAGUGGCCUUUUGGAAAUUUCAUGUGCAAACUCAGCUCCUUGGUGAAUGUAAUCAACAUGUUUGCCAGUGUCUUUUUGCUCAUGGCCAUAAGUGUGGAUCGCUGCUUGUCCAUUUGGGUGGUAGUGUGGGCACAAAACAAGCGCACUGUCUGUAAAGCUCAGAUCACCUGUGUUGUAAUCUGGGUGACUGCUGGCAUCUGCAGCACCCCCUAUGCUACUUUUCGUACAGUGGAACAAUUUAGCAGCUAUGAAUAUGAUGAUUUUGUGAGUAAUAAUGAUGUGAAAAGUUAUUGCAUCUAUCCUUCCACUAUGGCUCCUGAAAAUCACUUUAGUUUGAACAUUUUCCGCUUUGUUAUGGGCUUUCUCAUUCCAUUCCUGGUUAUACUUGUCUCUUAUGUGGCCAUAGCCAUCCGUGCCAGGCGUCUGCAGAGGACAAGAAGGCAGAGGUCUCACUGGAUUAUUGUCGCUGUCAUUUUAACAUUCUUCAUCUGCUGGUUGCCCUUUCAUAUUUUAAGUUUUAUAGAAUCAAAUGCGAACCAAGAUUUCCAGGUCAUUGUGAUUGUUGGAGGUCCUCUGACUGUGAGUUCACUGGUGGCAGAGGAGUGA